AUGGCUGAACUAGAAUUAUUUCAUGGAUUAUGUUUUAAUUAUGUCAAAGCUGUUGAUAAAAAUGAUAAAAUAGCAAUUAGCAGACUCAACAAGAGUCGGCAUCUCGAUCCCAUCCCGGGUGCAAAAGCUUGUUAUUUAAGCCAUUAUGAUGUCUACAAAUCAAUUGUAGAAAAUGGAUAUGAUAAAACGUUGAUUUUAGAAGAUGAUAUAGAUAUGGAGCUUGAAAUUUUCGAUAUUAUGCCUGGUAUUCAUCGUAAUUUACCUAACGACUGGGAGCUGCUUUUUCUUGGACAUUGUCAUGAACGGAUGGGAAAAACAACAAUUCUCGACAAUGAAUUAUCGAAUAAGACGAAUAAAUUACACACUGCUGAACAUCCACAGUGUACACAUGCUUAUGCUGUUACAGCCUCAGCUGCCAAAAAGUUAUUGGAAAUUCUUGAUAUCGAUCACAUUAAUACUGACUUAGCUAUUGAUAUGGAGUUAGCCCGUCUUAUUCAAAAUAAAAAGCUCAUCGCUUAUGGGGUUCAUCCACAGAUUAUAGCUCAAUGGAAAGGUGACAAACCAGAUACUAUACCUAAUUUUCAAGACGAUACUUAUUAUUUGAAAAAUUCCACCUUAGAGUUUCUUGGUUUUAAACGACAUGUCUAG